AUGGCGAGAAUGCCUGGCAGCAGAGACACGGAGCAGAAGCAGAUGAGCUGCCCGGAGAGGAGCAGGGAUGAUGAGGAGGAGGAGGAAGAGGAGAUCCAGGAGGUCCAGAUCACCGGAGAGGAGGAGGAUGAAGAGGAGGAGUACGAUGAAGAUGCUGUGGAGCUGGAGUGGGAGUCAGGGAGCACGGUGCUGGACUCCAGCGGUUCCGCCGCGGAGACAGCAGCGGUCGUUAUGCGGAGUAGGGACCGGGCAGAGGAGGAGGGGGAGGCGGACCCCUUCAGCAGCAGCAUCCCCUCCGGGCUGGAGUCUGACCUGGACGGAGAGCUUCAGCGAGCUGACCGGUCCAGGCUGAGCGAGAACACCCGCCUGGCCACCCGGUACGCGGUGCGGAUCUUCAGGGAGUACCUGAGUGAGAAAGCCCAGUGUCCCGACUUUGAAACUCUGGACAAGGAGGCGCUCUGCGUGGUGCUGCGCUCCUUUUACGCGGAGGCGCGCUCCAAAAGUGGCCAGCUGUACAGCAAGUCGUCCCUCAUCAGCAUCCGGAGCUCACUGAACCGGUACCUGAACGAGCCGCCGUACUGCCGCACCUUAGACCUCACCAAGGACCCGGAGCUGCGCAGCGCCAACCUGACCCUGGCUGCGGUCAUCCGGAGACUGGAGGAGCAGGGCGCCGGUCCCGUGGUGCAGAAGCAGGCGAUCACCCGCUCGGACCUGCGGAAACUGUACGGCUCCUCGGUCUUCAACACCGACACGCCGUUCGGGCUGCUCAACAAAGUCUGGUUCGAGACGUGCAUGUAUUUCUGCACCAGGGGCCGGGAGAACCAGCGGGAGUUGGAGGAGGACUCCUUCGGCCUGGCCGUGGACGAGGACGGGAGAAAGUUCGUGUAUUUCAAAGCUCUGGGACCCUACCACAAGUCCCGCUCCGCGUCCUGGACCAAGAAACGGCCGGACGCGGACGAGGACACUUUGCCGCGGAUGUACGAGACGGGCACGGAGUUGUGUCCGUACGCGAGCUUCGUCCGGUACGUGUCCAAGCGGAACCCGCUGUGCCGGGCGUUCUUCCAGCGGCCCCGGGACCACUGCUGCGCGAGCGACGUGACGUGGUACGAGAACAAAGCCAUCGGUAAGAACCUGUUGGGCACGAGGAUGCAGAUGUUGUCGCGCGCCGCCAAGCUCUCCAAGACCUACACCAACCACUGCAUCGGCGCCGUCUCCAUAGCAACGCUCAACAGCAUCGUGGGCACCGGGAGCUCCAAGCCGGCGACGACGCUUUACGUUGCCGGGGAAACGGUCAACGGUCACGCGCAGUCCCACCUCCAGCUCGUGAUCCCAUACCUCCACAGGGUCACGGACUCGGUGGAUCUGAAACCGCAGCGGAUAACAACAACAAUAACAACAACAGCGGCGGCAGCAACAACAACAACAUCAUCAACAGCGGGUACAGGGAGGAGAGCCGGUGACGAGGACCCCGGAGCUCCGUUUCCCAAGAAGCUGUGCGUGCGCCCCGGGACGCGUGCGGAGUCCCCCGUGGAGCGCAGCGACCCCGCGGCAGGUGUACCCGGCGAGUCCCACUGUCACGCGCAGCCCGCCGCCCGGUCCCCGGUCACGGUCCCCGCACAGGACAGCCGUGGCAGCAGCAGCAGUAUGACGAGCCAGCCGCUGCUCUCUGUGUCUCCCGCCUCUCCUCUGGGCUCGGCCGGCAUCCCGACUCCGGCCCAGCUCACCAAAACCAAUGCACCCGUCCACAUCGACGUCGGAGGACACAUGUACACCAGCAGCCUGGCCACCCUCACCAAGUACCCCGAGUCCCGGAUUGGUCGGCUGUUUGAUGGAACCGAGCCCAUCGUGUUGGACAGUCUAAAGCAGCACUACUUCAUCGAUCGGGACGGUCCCAUGUUCCGCUACAUACUAAACUUCCUCCGGACCUCCAAACUCCUCAUCCCAGACGACUUCAAAGAGUACUCCCUGCUGUACGAGGAGGCCCGGUUCUUCCAGCUGGCUCCGCUGCAGGCUGAGCUGGAGCGCUGGAGGACUGAGCAGGAAGCCGGCAGUGUGUGUCGGGAGUGCGAGUGUGUCGUGGUCCGCGUGGCUCCGGAGCUCGGCGAGAGGAUCGCCGUGAGCGCCGACCGGACCGUGAUCGAGGAGGUUUUCCCCGAGGUCGCCGACGUCAUGUGCAACUCCCUGGACGCCAGCUGGAACCACGACUCGACGCACGUCAUCCGCUUCCCGCUCAACGGAUACUGCCACCUCAACUCCGUCCAGGUGCUGGAGCGGCUACAACAGAGAGGGUUUCGCAUCACAGGCUCGUGCGGCGGCGGCGUCGACUCCUCCCAGUUCAGCGAGUAUAUUCUGCGACGGGAGGGGAGAGGCGGCCGACGCCCCCCCACCCUCAUACGAAUCAAACAGGAACUGCUGGACUAA